AUGGCUGUGUCGCGUGAGGUGCCGCUGCCCUCGCUCCAGGAGCUGGGCGGCUACCUGCCCUCCCAGCGCUUCCCAUCCGACCACCUUCCCGUGGUGUUUGACCUGCGCUUCAAGCAGCCCGGCGAGGCAGAGGGCGGCCAGGGCGGCAGCAGCGAUUGCGGCGGCGGCGGCGGUGGCGGCGGCGGCGGCGGCGGCGCAAGAGAGGCGGGCCACGUGCUGCCUGCGGCCCUGUGCAAUGUGGGCCUGGCGGCAGAGGCGCUGGGGAGGGCCGAGGUGAUUGCGGUGCCCACAGACACGCUGUACGGGCUGGCCGCCUGCGCGCGCAGCAGCCAAGGGGUGGCCCACAUCUAUGCCACCAAGCGGCGGGGCGACCACAAGCCGCUGGCCAUCGCUGUGGCAGACAUCGCAGACGUGCCUCGCUUUGCAGACGUGCAGCACCUGCCCGAGGGCCUGCUGGAAGAUCUGCUGCCCGGGCCCGUCACGCUGCUGCUGCAGCGGCGCCCCGACGCGCCGCUGGCUGCCCAGUUCAACCCCGGGGUGGGUGCCAUCGGCAUCCGCAUCCCCGACUCCGCCUUCAUCCGGGCCGUCUGCCGCCAGCACCGCGCCGCCCUGGCCCUCACCUCUGCCAACAUCAGCGGCAGCAUGAGCAGCGUGGAUGUGGGCGAGUUCCAGGAGCUGUGGCCUUCCUGCAGCCUGGUGUUUGACGGCGGGCAGCUGGAUGCGGGGCGGUCUGGCAGCACCGUCAUUGACCUCACGCAGCCCGGCCAGUUCUCCGUUGCGCGGCGAGGGGCGGGCUUCGCGCGCAUCAUGCAGCUGCUGCAGGACAAGUACAAAAUGCAGCACCUGAUGGAGUGACCCACCACCCCCCGCUUCCUUCCAUUUCAUGGCUCGCCCACUCUGAGACCUGUCUGGUACUGCCCAUUUCCUGCUGCCCCCCCGCCUCACAUCUGCACCACUUGGUCUGGUACCGAUGGACAUGAC